ACCCGCUCGCUCCGCCGUGACGUCACUAGUGUGGUGAGGACCAUGGGUCUAGGUCUAGGGUAGGACGUCAUCGCACCUUCCGACCAUGUCCGCCAAGAGGAAACUGGGCGCCAUGCCGAUCAAAGUUUCCGCUGAAGAAAUAAGGUCGACCCCUGAGCCGGAUGUUGUGGACGACCAUUAUCAAGGGAGGAACGGAGAGCUCAGGCUAGGAGAGGGAAGUCCCUCGGAUGACGUUGGUAUUUGGCCUUACCACAGUUCACUUGGGGGCAAGAAACCAACCCCUCCCACCCCCAGAGACAUUCCGAGUCCUGCAACGCUGCAAGAGACAGGGUCAGUUCACGACGAGACUUCCUCUAGUGGCAAUAAGGAAGAUGAUGACGAUGAAGAGGAGGAAAUUGAUGAUCUCAAAACCAUGCCUCACGACCCUGAGAGGCUAAAGGCAUUCAAUAUGUUCGUACGACUCUUCGUUGAUGAAAACCUAGACAGAAUUGUGCCGAUCUCAAAGCAGCCCAAAGAGAAAAUCCAAGCGAUCAUAGACUCGUGUACAAGGCAGUUCCCAGAGUUCGCCGAGAGAGCUCGCAAAAGGAUAAGAACUUACCUCAAGUCCUGCCGAAGGAAUAAGCGGACACGGGACUCCAACUGGCCUGAAUCGAAUCGUCCGACGCCUGCGCACCUGACCUCAGUACAGGCGGAGCAAAUAUUGGCCCAAGCUUGUGAGAAUGAGAGUCACAACGCUAAGAGGAUGAGGUUGGGACUGGAGCCAGUCAGUCAACCCCCACCAGUCAUCCCGGGGAGUGAAACGCCUCCAAGUCGGCCUGCUCACGAGUCGUUCUCUGCAGCAAACCUUGCGUCCAGUGCUGCAAACCAAUCAGAGAGCAAGCUGUCACAUCAACAUCAACAUCCCAUACACCUCAACAACAACAAACCCGACAGUCCGAACCUGGCCAAAGUGUCGGAACCUACCCCUGCGCCAGCUAUCAGUUCUAUCUCGAGCAGUCCGCUGAAUGGUGCUGCCACGUCAACUGCCCCCAGCGCUCUGUUUAGACCAAACUUUGGACCAGCAUUCCAACGAGGAGCGGGACCUCAGCCCUUCCCCGGCACUCCGCUGUUCCCCACCCCUCCCUUUGGUGCACCCGGAAUGAUGCACAACGGGCCUACAGACCUGAGCAUGAAACCCUCCAAGCCGUUGCUGAGUCACAAGCUGAGUCCGCAGGAGAUGGCUGCGGUCAGACAACUCAUCACGGGCUACAGAGAGUCCGCAGCGUUCCUGCUGCGGUCCGCAGAAGAGUUGGAGCAAUUGCUGCUGCAGCAACCGUAACAUUCGGUUUUCCCCUUCCUCUACUAAGCUGCGGAGAGCUGGUUGGGGCUGGGGUAUAAGAGACUCUUACGGCGGGUGCUGACUAGUGGUGUUUCUGAAGCUGUAUCUUACAGUGGCUUCAAAUGGCUAAAAUGUUGAAAGUGUCGGGAAAACCAUGUAACUAGGGGAUUUAAUGCCCCCUUUAAUUGGAAUUCAGGGAUUGAUGGUACUGAAAACUACACGGCUGUCUUUUGACAUGGGGUUUAAAUUUAAUCUGGUUAAAUAGUUAGUUAAUCUUUGACUUGAACAGAGCUUAAUGUUCUCCGUUACUUUUAUUGCCACAAUCUUACACCUCUAGGCAUCAUAGGAAUUUUUUUUUUAUUUUAUGUUUUAAAAUGUCUUCACUUUACUGACAAAAAUGAUCUGUAUUUUUUGUUUAAAUUUAAUUACCAACUAUCGCGUGAUUAUUGCUAAACACUAAGUCUUAUAUUAAUCCGUAAAACGAUGUAGGGAAAUAAAUCUGAGUUUGAAUUUUCUAAAGCUUACUACAGGCCUAUCUAAAAUGAUUCAUUAAAUAUUAAGUUAAUUAAAGUUACAGGUGCUAAAACUUUCUAACGCAAUGGAAAACAAAUUAAUUUAAGAAAAACUUGACUGAUGAAAUAAAAUUGUGUGGGAAGGUAAGUAAAAGAAUGUUGAAUUUUCAUUACUAAUUGUGGCAAACCAAAAUGAAAUAUUAUUUAGAAGAGGGGUGGAUUUAAAAUUAAACCCAAAAUAACACAUAUUAUGAGAUAUAAAUUUUGUCAAAAUUUGCCAGCUUAAGAUAAACCUCUUUAAUCCUUGUCUGCCUUGAUCUAAUAAAUUGGCCAUCUUCUUGCUGUAUUUCUGUUAAACUUUAUAAUAACCAAUAUGUAGUUGAGUAAAAAACAAAACUCAAAAACUUCGAUUUUGGAAUUACCACUGGCUUUAGAUUGUUGUCUAAAUUUAAUCUUUAAAAUGAAUUCUAAAUAUCAAAAAAGUUAUAAAAAGAUUAUAGUUAUUCCAAGGUUAAUUUUUUCAAUGGCAUUGUAAGAUAAAUUGUUUAAGAGUUUACUUUUUACAGAGGCGACUAAAAUAUUUAAUGUGUUCUCAAACUAAAACUUAU